GAGAUUAUGACUAUUCUAACCAGCCUGUCAAAUUAAUAUUGACACUUCAAAGAAAGAAAGUUUUUUUUACGAAUUUUUCGUCUGCACUUUUUUAGAAAUAUGGGCGUCCAUGGACUAAAAUCUUUUCUAGAACGUAAUGGGAGAACACGACCCGUAAAUAUUGUCGAUGAAAUUCAACGAUGGAAAAGCAAGAACUCUGGCAAAACACCAACCAUUGUCUUUGAUUUUUGUAGCCUGAGGAAAAGGGGAAAGAAUAAAAAAGAUUGUAUCUGUGGUGGUGUACGUGAAAUAACCUCGAAUCCAUGGAAUGAAAUCUUUAAGAAUUUAAAAGCGGCUGGAUGUGAAUUGAUCUUUUUCUCGGACCAACGUGUCAAACAUAAAGACGAAAAGAGCCCUGUAGAAACGAGCGAAUAUUUCGGUUUCUAUACAGAUUUGUAUGACCGCAUCGACGAUCAACAAACGCUGCAAGAGAUCAGUGACGAAUGGAUGCCGAAUUUCGAGGAAGCGUCAAUAUAUCGUGAAUUAGCGGCCAUUGCCAGCAAAUACGGAGAAUACCGCAUUUCAGUAAAUGAAGAAUGUGAUUUGGAGUUGGCACAGUAUGCAAGCAAUAACAAUGCUCUGGCAGUAGUUUCAAACGACACCGAUUUCCUUAUAUAUGAAGGAGCAUGGCAAUUGUGGUGGACUGCGAUCGAUAUGAACUUGUGGAAUGAACUCAAAACCACUGAGUACGUUCGGAAAGAUUUGGAAGAUUUGUGUUCCUUGAGCAGAAAUCAAUUGCCACUAUUUGCAACAUUGUUGGGCAGUCAUUUCACAAGUAAAUACCGGAACAUUUUCCACGGCUUCCACCGAAUAAAGGAUGUUGCAAAUUACGUACGUAAAGUAGGAAAUUGUUCACUUUCCGAUUUCGACAUAAAAAGGAUUCAAGAAGCCGUCUAUAAAGAUGCCGAGCAAAGUGCCAACGAAAUUCGACAGUCGAUCAGAAACAGUCUCGAAUGGUUUAAUAUCAACAGCCCAGCUCCGAUAUUAGAUGAUAAACUUGCCGAAACGUUCCUAAUCAUAAGGGUUAACGGUGUUGACAUGUUUCGACCAUACAUGCGAAACAUGGGCAAGUGUCAUGCCGUUUUAGCGAGGUACUACGAUUUGCGUGGAUCUGAGAAUGGAACAAAUCUUAUCAUGCUCAUGAUGGAGUGGCAAAAACGUAGAUCGGGAGUUUUGAGACAGCGUUUCCACGACGACACGUUCGAUUUGACCAUAUGGGCGAUAACAGAUGUCAACGCGGUCUCGGAACUGACUCAUAUUGAGAGACCGAUCUUCCCCGAUUUUGAAGUGCCACCACUAGAGGAUUUAUAUCACGAAGAUGACACCGAGAUAACUGAAAUUAGGUGGAAAAUUUUUUCUUGGAUCAUGUCACUUUCCGCUGACGUAAUUUCGAAAAUAAAAAAUUUACCGAAUAAUGUUGUGCUGAUCAGCACCGUCCUUUCAUCACUGGUUCAGAAUGGCCUAGUCUCUGAGCUAGAGGCGGAUGGAAUUCUCUACACCGAAUACAAGUUCAUCGACAAUGAAAGUGAGAUGAUGAGUGAAGAGUAUCCCACAGUUUUAGUGUCGAGGCAUGUUCGUGCAGUACACAUUUACAGAGCCGCUUUCAUAUCUGUUGAAGAAAAUUUCGCCAUAGCCGGUCUUUUGUCCCUAUAUCAUCGAUCCUUAAACUUUUAUGGGGUUUAUUACCAGAACUUAAUGGCACAACUUCAUCAAAUGGACGAUGCUCAGCGUGAAACUUUUAUUGCACCCAUCAAGCAAUGGCGCACUUAUGUGCUGAACCACUGAAUUCAGAUGCAGUUAAGGAAAACGUUGGUCUGUAUAACAAGUAAUAAUUUUGGCACACAUUAAAUAUAUGAAUUUCAAC